GAGGAUGAGUAGAAUUUAACUUCCUUCAAUAUUUCCUUGGAAUAUCAUCCCAAAGAAGCGCCGUAAUAUACAGAAAUCGCAGCUACCUCCGAAAGGUGAAAACAAGUGCCCACAACAAGUGCUCCGAUUGUUGACAGCAACGAAUGUGAGAACCUGCAGCAAUCUGAAAAAUAUGCUGUUGGCCUAUUUAUACGCUUGCAAAACUGUAGUUUUUAUAAUCAUUUACUCUUCGAUCGAACUGACUCUUGUCUUCGAUCGAACUGACUCUUGUCUUCGAUCGAACUGACUUUUGGUUUCGAUCGAAACGACCUUCGAUCGAACUGACUUGCUACCUGCUGUUGAUGUAAACACUGAUAAUACAAUUCAGAAAGACCAAGCUUCCCAAACUGAAGUUUGUACUGAAGACCAAGCUUAUCAAGUGGAAGGUCUCAACGAAUCAAAAGAUCUUAAAGAUGAAAUCGUUUCUAUAAAACAAGAGAUUGAAUCGCUGAGGAAAGCCGUCAGUGAUUGAAACAGGCACAAAACCAUUUUUCUUGUAAAUUCCAAGCCUGCAUAUUCCAUCAUCAAGAGACUCUCCUUCCUUCAAUCCAGUGUUCUUGAAUUCAACAAUCUGGCUGUCAUUCAUGACUCCGUCAGUAGACGUACCUUAAAAUGGAUGUGUCUCAGAUACAAGAAAACUUGACUAGCGUACCUUCUGGCUAGUUUCAUUUUCAAAUAUUUGGAUGAUACUUGAUUCGUAUUCAAUACCAUCUCUCAUGGUAUAGCAUUUUGAGAAAUGAAGAUUAAGACCUCCAUCAGGGUCAAAAAGAUUAUGGGAUAAUCCAUUGUCUAUGUCAUCAUUUAUUGUGACUCUGAAACCACAGAAAAAGGACUCAAUGAAUUCUGAAACAACAAAACCAUGCAAAAUGGUGGGAACAACCUAAUUUUACGUAUGCCAUGAUCGUAUUACCUUUUUCAUCAAAUCCUCUUGUUUUUGUGAUUCCUUUAAUUUGCUCCCCUACAAGCAAGCCAUUGCUUAGGAAUUGCAACUGUAUAAUGUUCAGCUGAUUUUGGUAAUUCAGCACCAGGUAUAUAGCUUUCAACUAAUUUCAACUCAAAACAGCCCCAUAGUGUGCUUUGAAGCGAAACUGAGCCAGUCUCACGCACAACCUCAAAAUGGCCAAUAUUUCCAGUUGAUUUGAGAUUCAGUUUUUCAACCAUACCUGUCACUAUUAUUGAUAAAGCAACAGAAAAACCAUUUUGUUAAACUCUAUUUUGAAUCCAAAUUUUCCCAUGAAUUGCUAUUUUGAAUAAUUUUUUGUUGUGUGAUAUUGAGACUGGUGUAGACAUUGAUCUAUGUCUCAAGUGACUACAGGACUCUCUUGCCCUUUAAGAUGGAAUCCCUUCUAACCAAAUAAAAUUAAAUUUGUAAUUAAACUGAAUUUACUCUAAUCAUGGCUGGCUGGUAUUCUUUAGCAUGUCUCUCUUAAAAUGUGAAAGCUAUAAGAUGUUCAGGGAAUGUUUCCCUUGUUCCUUUUAACCCUUAAGAGUGUUUGGCUUCUAAUUUCUCCUUACAGUAUCAUCCUUGAAUCAAUUAUAAAGGUCAUGAGAAAAAAAGGAAAUGAUCUUCAGUUUAAGAAGCUCCAGAUUGUUAAACAAAUUCUCCUUGUCAGUACCACAGGAAAUGUAAAGAGAACAGUGUGGAGAAUAUGAAAACUAAUUUUACUAGUUUUUAAUUUUAUUUAUCUAACUUAAUGUUAAUGUUAUUUCUUAACCUCUGUGUGAUAGUGUGAAACCAUUAGCCAAAAAAAAAGUGUUGAAACCAUCAAAAUUAGUCUUGCAUUUUCAUGAAUUUACUAUUUUUUAGAUUCAAUUCGUCAAACCAUCAAGUAUAACAAGCUGGUGUCCACUUCUACAGGGGACUUGCGCAACAAUCCUCAGGCUGAAGUGAUGGCUAAGAUGAACUUGUUUCAUGCACAGCGUAAUCUGUACAUUUCUGGAUUUUCCUUGAUUCUUUUGAUGUAAGCUGUGUUAUUAAGUAUUAACCUUAAAACUGAUAGAAAUGAUUGCAACAGAACUUCUCCUUACCAUAUCACCAUAUUAUCCAAUAAAUAAGAAAUAAGAGUAGAGGAAAAUAUCAGCUACAGUAAGUGGUUAUUUGCUUGCAAGAGCACACGAUUCUUUUGACUAAGUUUUAAUGAAAAUUGAAAUGGUCAGAAUGGUUAACUGCUUCUUGCGUCUUUGUAGUUAAGGGAUUUAAUUAUUGCUUUUGAAAUGAGUGAGUCCCAGGCAAGAGGCAUGUUAUAGGAAUCAUUUAACUUGAGUUUGAGCCCAAAAUUCUACCAUGGAUCUCUUUGUUGAAAGUCUAUAUAUGGAAAUGAGGAAAACUGAACUAUUAAUAGUAAGUACUGUAUGGGAAAAUAAUUUAAAGAAGUUAGCAUCACUUACCUGAAAAUGAUCAGUCUGCUUGAUAACACUUUUUUAUCAUGGAAAAGUAAGGAAAUUUUGAAAAUCAAUUUUUGUGGCUAUUAUAAAUUUUCACCUUGUUACCCUUCACAGAGUGCUACGUCGUAAUGUUGCAAGGCUUCUGUCCGAGGUAGAGACAGGGAAGAAAGAUGAAGAUAAAGUAAACCAAGAGCACAAAGAAUUGAGAGAAACCUUGGAAGAUAAAUCCAAGGAGCUAUCUGAACGAUCUGAAGGUGCUGCUAAGUAUAACACUUUUUAACAAGGGGGGGGGAAGGGGGGGGGGCAAGGAAAAGGUUAAACUGUCUUCAACCAUUUAGCCCUUUCACUCCUAUGAUCUGAAUAUGACACAGAAGGAAAAACAGAGACAAAGACAGAGACAAAAGAUGAAGAUAAAAUGAACCAAGAGUUGAAAGAAUUGAGAGAAGCCUUGGAAGAUAAAUCCAAGAAGCUUUCAGAACAAUCUGAAGGUGCUGCUAAGUAUGACACUUUUUAACAAGGCAGGGGGGGGAGGGGAGGGGAGGUCAAAUUGUCUUUAACCCUUUAGCCCUUUCACUCCUAUUCUCUAUACUGUUUUUCCAACAUGUCUUUAAAAUUUAGCUCUGAGGAUUUAUUGGCCCUCAGUUAAAGGCUUCUUUUCUUCAUGUCUCAUUGCCUUUCUGCAAUAAAAUGUAUUGAUACUGUGAGCAGAAAGUUGACUGUUUGAUGAUUGCUCCAGGGAGGUGAACUUCUCCAUACAAUUUCUAUACAUCACCCAGCAGAAAGGUAAUGAGAAAACACAACCAAUCAGUUGACAGGUUUUGUCUUGAUAUAACAUAAAAUGCUAUCAAAUAAUUUUCAAGGAACUGUGUUCUUAAGCAGCUAAAAGGAAGCCCCCUUAAACAUCAGGAUGUAUUUUCUCUACACUGUUCUCUAUGCAUUUCCUAAAGUGCUGACAAAAGGAACUUGUUUACCAGUCAAGAGCUUCUUUAGCUGGUGAUCAUUUCCUUAACCCUUUAACUCCCAUGAGUGACAAAGACAGAAUUUCUCCUUACAAUAUCAAUGCAGUAUCAAGCAGAUAAGUGAUAAGAAAAAAGAAAAAUAUCAAUUAGGGGAUUAUGAGUUCAUCCAAUGCCAAAUUCUUCUAACUAACUCCACAAGAACUGUAUGGUGGAUGGGAAGUUGAAUUACUAAUGCAAUCUUGGAAGUUAAAGGGUGAAUGUGUGAUUCAGGGGUAAUAUUGUGGAGAGAAAUUAGAUGUCUGUCACCCUUAGAGGCAAAGGUUGGUGGUUUACUGUUAUAAAACCAUAAAACCAAAAUCAAGAUAGUAACAACAGCCCAGUAGUAAAAAAAUAUCAUAAGGAGCCAAUCAGAACUCAAAGUUAAAAUAAACAAACUACCUGAAGCUCAGGGAACGUUUCAUAUCUGAUUUGUUGCACAUUUUUGACCUUUUCUGGUUUGGUUUUAAUCCUGGCAGAGCUUGAAAGGACGAAGAAAGAUUUGGCUGCAUUGAAAGAACGGCAUGCUGAACUGACACGGGACUACGACAAGCUUUUGAAGGAAUAUGCUAAAGCACAGGUGGGAGGGGAGGGCUGGGAGAUGGGUGUAGAUUUAGCCUGAGAGCAGGCCCUUGUCACUUGCGCUGCAGGACACGCCUUUGUCCGCCCGCAGGAGGGUUGGGAGGAGUCGAGAAGCGAUUAACCUGGGGUCUGGCACUAAUAAUGAGGGCCUGAAAGGACGCUAUUGUCUUUUCAUCAUCUGCGUUCGCUCACGAAUGCAGCAUUCUGGUUGGCGAAAAAUAACAGGUCCUGUCAUUUUGAAACAAACUAGUACUUUAUAUCGAUGUCAAACACAGACGUGAGCCAGCUUGUGACUUCUCCAAGGCUUCACAUAUCCUGCGGACGAAGAAACACUCAUACCGAAGCGCUGAUAAUGUUGGCCGGUUCAUUGGGAAUAAGAGGUUCUAGAAAGGACGCAGAAUUAAUGUAGAAGGAGAUUUAGGGGAGUAUUUUCCGUAAAGAAAUAAGGAGCCAGGAUUGUAAAGAGAAUCAACUUGUUUUCUCGUAAAACUUUUUGAGCGUUUUGAAACUCGAUCCGAAUAUUUCGAGAAUCGAGGUUCCAGGUUCGAGUUUCGAGUCGAGAUUGACAUUUUACCAGUUACCGUUUGUUGUGUCGUCUAGACUCAGUCAAGUUACUCCUUUCAUUGCUAUUGCUCAACUGAAUUUUAUUAAAGAAUCAACAAGCUAUAUUCACAAUACAAUACUAGGAAUCAGUAAUACUACUUUAACAUAGGAAUGUACUUUUACAAUCAUGUACCGAUCGUGUCUUACAGGAUAUAGCGUGACUAUAGUAACGCUUAGGUAACGCAAUACACUACACCGUUACCACCUGAGGUUCGUUUUAAUUACUUUUGUUUUUCUUCCAUCAGGCCAAGCUGGAGAAAGACGUGAACAAAACAGGAGAAGAAAAGAAAGACAACUGAGGACAUGUGACCAUCAUCUGGAUUAUUUAAUAAUUAUUAUUAGUAAUAUCACACAUUUAUUUGAUAGAACAGAUCUAAAGAUAGCUCGUCACAUAGUCUCUGUUUAAAGCUUGUGAGAAAACUUAGAAGUCAGUAACAAAAAUCGCUGUGAUGCUUGUUUGAAAGUUGAAGUAAGUUUGCAUAAGAUUUUAUGUUGAAAAAAAAAGAGAGAGAACUGAAUUAGUUGUAACUGUGCAGAAACCUUAGUGAGAGACUUGACUAUCAAGUGUUCUUCCUGUCAGUUAAAACACAGUGAAAAUGAAUUAUGUUGACACUAGGGUAAUCUCCUCAAUCUCAGUUUCCCAAAUAGUCUUUUAGGCCUUUAACUUCCAAUAUCUGAUUGUAUAUUCUCCCCUCCAGCUUUUACACAAUUCCUGGUAAAUAAGUGAGACGAAUUUGGUAUUAGAUCAAAAUUACAACUUCUACCUGAUAAGUUUGGGUAUUCUCACUUGCCCUUUGCUGGUUAAUGUAUGCCAUACAUAAUGUAUGCCGGGAUAUUGUAGAGAGAAGUUUCAUGUUAAUCGCUUCCGAGAGUUAAAAAGUAAACGAGUUGCUGUAUGGAUAGUUCAAAACGUCGUGGGAUAAGAAACUUUCGUCAAGUGUCUAUUAAAGGAAGGGAAUUCUGUGAAUUUUUUUAUACAUUUAACUGUAAGGUUACUUCCCAUCUUCAAAGCCCAAAAAAAUCGAUUUUUCUGUUAUUUGACAAAACUGAAUUCAAAGAUUCAACCUAACGUUUCCAUAAAAAAAUUCCUGAAAUCUUUAAAGACACCCAAGUUAUUUAGAAAAGCUUACUUUCGGAAAAAAGUUAAUGGAGCAGGAAGGUGUCAGUCUCGGACUUAGGCGAAUCCCCCGGGGGAAUUUUCGCAGCAACCACUCACGUUGAGGCUCGAUUUCUAUGUUAUUUCCAAAUUUUGUUUACAUCACGCAGUUUACUAAAUUCACACGUGGAAGCUCUUUGUUUAUGAAUAAUUCUUUGCUCAUGGAAAAAUCAAAAGUGACAGAAAGUCCUUGGUUAAAAAAACAGGCCCAAAGAAGAAAGAAAGAGUACCAUUCUGUUAAGAAAAGAAAAAAAUUCCUUUAGGAAAGCGACUGGUACUGACGGAGCUCUCGAUUCGUUGGCUUCCUCGUCAGCACAUUUUACGGUUUUUCCAUUUUUGCCGCGGGUUUUUCUUUCGCCUUUGUGUCGUCCUCGUCGACGCUCCACUGAGCGAUCGAGUUAAGAGAAAAUAAGUGUCUGCAAUGGAUCACUUUUGCCGGGAAAUCUUGAUCACUCUUCAUUGAAGCCAGAAGGUCCCAUCGUCCUAUUGGUUUGCGGUUUCAGGAGGCGAGAUAAUCUCCUGGCGUGGCGCGAGUUGUUUGUGAACCUUUAUGAGCUAAAAUCUCGAAUUUGAUUUGGGAGGAAUACAACCACUUUUGACCGAAUUUUUUUAGAGAAUAUGGAUUUGACAGAUUUUCGUUAAGUUAAAUUUCGCCAAAUCAUCCUAGGAAUAAUGACAAACGAAAGUGUGUCGGGAAAUUUUGGUAUUUGAUUUGUCCCAUUGCGUCCAUUUACGCAAGAUGACUCGCAUAUUCUUCUCGAAAAAAACGCUACCGAUAUCUAGACGACCAAUCAGGAUAUCGAAAAAGUCUGACACUUUUGUUGAUUGAUGGCUUGUAAAUGAGACUGAGCAGCCAUUUUGUCGUGCUGCAGCAUCCGAUACCCGAUAAAUUCAAUAGAGGAACUUUCGGUUGUUUUGUGCCCUACCAGCUCCUGACACUUCCUUAAAAGAAAAGUUCGCUCACUAGAGAGAUACUUUCAGCACGAGAAGAUAAAAUUCGUAUCCCUAAACGGCCAUGCAUAAAAAUUUAUCAAUUCGAAGGAACAGUUUUGGUCCCGGUCCUCAUUUUUGUCAACAAAAUAAACACAUACCGCUUAACAAGACGGACCACGUGCAAAGCAGUCAAUUGUCUCUCAAAUGUUUUGCGUGUUAAAUAUUAAAUAGUGAUAUCUCAUUUACAUCUACAUCUACUUUUAUUACGUUGGUAAAUUCUGUAAAGACGUCACACAAACCAAGUCGCGCGCAAAGUAAGAAGACUAUAUUGAAGGCUUGAAAUUAUAUCACGAUCGAUUUUCAUCAAGAAAUGGGCCGGGAAUAUUCCACAAUAGUGCAAAUAAAGCGAUUGCGUGACGCUCGGUAAGCUGUAAUAUCUGAUUGGCGCGAGCAACAUACCACUCUCUGUACGCUAACAUAGAUGUUGUUUUAUUUAAUUAAAAAUUUUUCCCUUCUAUGUCUACCUCCAAUCGUAUUCAACCAGUCAGGGGAAGUGAGUGAACAUUUGUAAAUAUGACAAAUAUGCCGAGUAAUUAUCCCUCGAUAGCUUUGACGGUGGAUGUUAGAAGAAUUUGGAAGACAUUUUAGCUUCAAAAAAUGACUACCCAGGGGCAUCUCGCUGCUGACUUUCUGUACGCUGAAGCCACUCUUAUUUCUUCGUUCUGUCUGCCUUUUAUUUCAUGCAAAAGGUAAGCUUUUUGAACACAAAGAAUCUAAAAACUUAGAGCGUAGACGGUCGACCAUUUCCUCUUGGGGUUGAUCAUUGCAAUGAAUGAUUAAUGGUUUUACAUGUUGCAUUCUAGAUGGAAUAAAAUUUUUAACAACAGGAUCUUGGCUGCUUUGUUUGCGUAUGGAAAAUUCUACGUCAACGUCUUUGCGUUGGUUAUAGCCCUACUUUUCUCAGGUAAUCUCCUCAUUUUGACGUGAAAUGACGAGUCAGUUGUCUUGAUAGCGCAUUUAAUAGACGAUCCAUACUGUAACGAUAAGUUUUGGUUAAAAAGCCAUCAUAAGAAGUUCAAUUGCACGUGCCUGUUCGCCGCUUCUAUAUCGGCCGGGUACUUUAUGCCGGCACACUCUAACAAUAUUUCGUUAUACCAAUAACACUUUGCCAUCUUUAUUGCUCAAAUUUUCCUUUCAGUUGUUGCAUCAUAUUCAUGAAUAUUAAUAAUGUGGUGUCAGAAAAACCAUUCUGUUACUCUCUAUUACUGAUACCGUCAGUGUUUGCUGAUUAAAAUAUAUAGACCACAUCGUAUUACUCUCACUUUUCACUAAUAAGUGUGGCAUCGAGAAUCACUGUAUGACUGUAAAUUUUCUGCUAAUGAAAAUGAUAUAAAGUUUAUUGGGGUUAAACUAAAAACUGUGAUUUGUGAAAUUAAGUCAUAGAAAAACAAGAUGCCCCCAGGCACCUGCCAGCGAAAGGCUGAAAAAGCUAUCGUAAUAAUUUUCUAUAAAUUUUUAAACAUAGAUACCGUGAGUGUUUGUUGAUUAAAAUGUAUAGACCACGUCGUAUUGCUUUCACUUUUCACGAAUAAGUGUGGCAGCGAGAAUCACUGUAUGAUUGUAAAUUUUCUGCUAAUUAAAAUGAUAUAAAGUUUAUUGGGGUUUGUCGGCUUACGUAGUAGAAAAACGAGAAGCCCCUUGGCACCUGCCGGCUAAAACAAUCGUAAUAAAUUCAAUUACACGUGCCUGUUCACCCCUCCUCUAUAUCUGGGUAUAUUAGCCACGUCCGUUCUAUGAACUUAAAUGUCAUAAACACUAUAAGUGUUUGUUCAUUAAAAUAUAUAGACCACAUCGUAUUGCUUUCACUUUUCACGAAAAAGUGUGGCAGCGCUAAGAGCAAAACAGCUCUUUUUUUUCUGUUUGCGAAAUAAUUUAAUUUUCGUGCUAGCAUAUGUUAAUUUCAGCUGUAAAAAUAACUGUAUUAAAUUUGUUUCAAACUCAUUAUCGUACUUUAAAAUGCCCAAAAACAAAAGAAAAGAAAAUUUGAACGAAAGCAGGUGUCUUAUCAUUUCAUUCAGCUUGUUGAUCAUGGCAGCGAAAGAAACCUCUGUUGAGAAGUAAAUAAUUUUUCCCAAUUCUUGUUUCAAAAGUGUUCUUUUAUUCUUAGAUUUUGAAAGAUCUUUCUAGGGGUAGUUUGUGAAGAAAUUUAAUUGCCAGACACGGAAUAUUUUAGAAACCCUGUUCAGCUGCUGGACGUAGAGACACUCGAAUGAAUCGAAACAAAAUAGAUCAAAGUUCAAGUAUUUAUACAGUGGAUUAACGGACUCAUAAAAAUCGUAAAGAAUCAAAAACUCUUCAUCAUCUAGGGAAUCAUCGGCAUAAGCUACUACUAGCGCGUUUCUGGCAUCUUCAAAAGACAUCAUCGAAGGGCAAGUUAACCACCGUCUUCAGUCUGUCGGCGAAAUCUUAAAGGACAACAAACGUUAAACUUUCGCGCCCUUAAACGGUACUCGACCCAGUUCCGAAGACACAUCCAACCGUCGUAGCCAACCGUAGUCGGCAUCCUUAAAGUCCCUAAUAACCAUGAUCGUGUUACAGUGCACAGAACUCCAUUUUUUCUCGAACAACUAUCCAUCAUUUUCACACCACGAGUAACACGUUUACUAUAGGUAAUCUGAUAUCUUCCAUCUGUGCAGUAGUAUCGCAUUUCUCCUAAAGCGCGGUAAAAUACACGUUAAAAAACACAGAAAAGCCAACAUUUCUCAUUCUAAAAGAUGAUCCCAUUUUACGAACCUGUCAUUUUGACACAAACUAGUGAUUUAUAUUGAUGAUGUUCAAGGCUUCAUACUUUCCCGCGAACGAAGAAACACUCGAAAAGAAGCGCUGAUAAUGUUGGCUGGCUCAUUGGGAACAAGAGGUUCUAGAAAGGGCGCAGAAUUAAUGUAGAAGGAGAUUUAGGGGAGUAUUUACGGUAAAGAAAUAAGGAACUAGGAUUGUAAAGAGAAUCAACUGGUUUUCUCAUAAAA